UUAGGUGAAGGCGUUCAGUUGCUAUUUUGCACCGAAUCACGCGUAGCAGUCGCGCGGCCGCCCCUCCUCCCACCGUAAUGGGCGGCGCUUCCAGGUUCGUGACAUUACUCGCCCUACCCUUUCCCUCUCUCUUCCACCCUAUCCGCCCCUCCUCCUUCCUCCGACGCCGCCUCACCACGUUACCCCUCUGCCCUCUCGGUCUCUCCUCCACCAAAUCCAAAACCCACACCCCACAAAUUCUUCCCCUCAACUCCACCCAACAACAGCACUUCCACUCCCAACCGGCGAACAAUAAUACAUACACACUCAACUCUUCUCAACACCACAGCCACCCAUGGCGAGAGUGGACACAUUUUGUCAAUACUAUCUCUCUCUGCUCCACACCAAAUGAGCAGGGAGUUACUGUACCUAUGAACCAUGAAAUCCUUCCUGAUGAUGCUUUUGUUGUGUAUGAGGAAUUGCCUGAGGAUUUUGUCCGUGCCGCCGCCUCCUGCUUGGCUUUCGCUAGGGACCGUCCCAAUUUUCUUGGAUUGCUUUCGAGAAGGGAGAUUGAGGUGGUUGUAUCAAACGGGACACCAUAUCUGUUCGAGAGUGCUCUUGACACUGCAAGGAGAAUGAGGGAAUUUUUGGGAACCGAUGAAGGCAAUGUCUUGGGAUUUGAUAAAGCAAGCAUGGUUGAUCUAAUGAAGUACAUACUAAGUUAUGCUAGCAAUCCGUCUCUUUCUUCCGAAAGAAAUGGCCUCUACAGUAAGGAACUUGUGGAAUUGUCUGUUCGAAAUCUGUUGCAAGAGCUGGGUAAGUUGAGCAGUGGACCUCCAAAAAUGAACAUACCUGCUUCUGAAGAGCAGUUCUCAGGUGGCUAUGGACAAACUUCAGGACCUAUUAGACAAAAUAUUGAAAUGAAGAGAGGCGACUGGAUAUGUCCAAAGUGCAGUUUUAUGAACUUUGCAAGAAAUGUCAAAUGUCUUGAGUGUGAGGGACCCAGGCCAACAAGACAGCUGACUGGUGUGGAAUGGAAUUGCCCUCAAUGUGAUUUCUUCAACUAUGGGAGGAAUUUGGUUUGCUUAAGAUGCGACUGUAGACGACCUGGUGUGGCAUCGUCCUACACUGGUGAUGCCAGAUUGGGAUCUGGGGGGAAUGGGGAUUUCACACACAAAAUCAACACAGGUAGCCGGUUGGCAGAGAAUGAAGAGAAAGCACAAAGGUGGUUUAGUAAAAUUUCCCAGAUGGGCAAUGUCUCUGAUAUAAAUAAUGCAGCUACUGAUAAAGACUUUCCCGAGAUCGUGCCAUUGAGGAAAGGAGAAAAUCGGUUUGUUGUUAGCACUAGGAAGACACCCUUGGAGAGGAGGCUGGCCAACUAUCGAAAUCAAACGAUGGAAAAGGGGUAUACUGAAGGUACAAACAAGACCCUUGAUCCAUCAGUAGAUCGUAGUUUGGACCAGACUCUUGGUCACUCGUCUAGCAUUUCUGGGAGGGAGGACGAAGGCAUCAUUUCUGAACAAGGUGAGAGAACAGCUCUCUCUUGUCAGACUUUUCAGUCGGACUCUUCAGGUUAUCGACAUUCCCAGGGAAGAAAUUCCAAGUACGUUCCAUUUGUUCCAUUACCUCCGGACAUGUUUUCUAAGGAUCAAAAUUCGAAGAUGGAGGAUGGGAAAAAAGUUGGGAUGGAAAGCUAUGAAUCGGACUCAUCAGAGGUCAGUAAUCAAAGUAGUUCAACUGUAGGCAGCGAGUCCCAGCACUCAGGAGAGAAUUUUCAGUUCUCGGAAAAUUUAGCCAAUGAGACUGCUAGCCAGGAGAAAGAGAGAGAACAAGCUCAAAAGUCAGAAAGAUGGUUUAAGAGGGUGGCUGAGUUACAUGAUUCCAAAGAUCUACCUGCUGCAAUUUCGGACGAGGAUUUUCCUGAGAUUAUGCCAAUGCGUAAGGGAGAAAACCGAUUUGUCGUUAGCAAGAAAAAAAACCGUUCUUUGACUUCACCGGCAUACAGAAGACAGGUGGCGAUGGAUCAGGCAAAUAAUACUAAUUUUGUACCUUUUGUUCCAUUCCCUCCUGGCUACUUUGCUAGGAAGGACACGCAGCAGCUGAAUGGUGCAGAUUCAUCUUCAAAUCCUACCAGUGAAUCUUCUUCCAAUUCCACAACAGCUGAGAUCUUUUCUGAGAAGUUGGACGAGCCAAGAUAUAGAACAUCCAACACGAAUACCGUAUCGACGAAAGACAACCAACUGUCGAGCUCUGGUAAUUCCCAACUUUCUUGUGAUUAUGUAACUCCACCCAGUGAAAACCCUAAACCAGACUCCUUCACUCCCCGGACUACCAUGAAUGAUAAUCAGACAGAUAAAUAUUCAGGGAAAGGGGAUUCCCCUCGGUUUCCCCAUUCGGGGUUGGUGGCAGGUUCUAUAAAACCAUCCGAAAAUCAGCAAGUUCAAAGUGGUUGGACGGGUAAAAGCUUGGAGGGAUCAGCUGUGAAGGAACCCGACCCUUUGGACAUGUCGGAAGAGGCCAAAGCCGAGAGGUGGUUCAGACGUGUGGCACAGAUAAAAGACAUUUCCGAGCUGAGCCAGAUCCCUGAUGAAGACUUCCCAUCAAUAAUGCCAAUGCGGAAAGGGGUAAAUAGAUUCGUUGUAAGCAAGAGGAAGACGCCACUCGAGAGGAGGCUGACAUCUCAGCAGUAUCGAAGAAAUCUUCCAAUUGUGAGUUAUGAUCCUCCUACAAACAAGGAAAACAACAAUAAUUAAAGAAAAAACAACUCGUACUUUCUUCUUUCUCUUUUGAUUUUGAGGUAUUAUAUAUUCUCAAGUACAAGACUUGGCAUUUUCUCAGCAUGCAAUUCCAAAAUUAGUUUGUUUACAUUUCUGAACUAGUUUUAUUUAGGUUGCGUCUUGUAUAACAUCGUACACAGAAGUCACCAUUGGAAGUUAUUAAAAUAGAAAAUAAGAACUAUAUUUUCUUCUUCUUGUUUA